CAUUCUCAGUACAAGACAGAAUGCAUCAAACUGUUGUGCACAGAGGUGAAUAUCCUCAAUAACACAUGUUUACUCUCUCGUGCGUCUGUUUCACUUUGUUUAGCGAACGAAAUGCGCGACUUACUUUCUUCGUUGACUGGACGUCAUUUGCUAGAAGACAACGAAACCGAAACGCGGAGCCCUAUGGCGCGCGCGGUCUACUUCAAGGGGCGAUUCCGACAAAGCCAGAAGCUACGCUUCGGCGUAGAAACUGCUGGACUUUCGGAAUUGCCCGCUGUCAUCAUAGUGGCCUCGAAUCCGCAACACCGCCUUCUAACAUGAAGGAGCCUCGCAGGGGACAUUCGCGGCGCUGUCGCAGCGUUGAAUGCCGCAGCGAAAACGCCGGCGAAGAGCAUCUCUUCAGGAAUCCUCUCAGCAAGUGGUACCGCGGCCGACGGCGAAGCAAGGACGACGAGGCUGGGCUGCUGGACGCCGAGUACGACGCUGGCCAUGAGAGCCACUCGCAGCAGCAGGUGCGCGGCAACCGACGACUCGCCGUGGCCAGCAACAACAGCAGCUCGGGCGGCGCGCCGAAAUUGGCGACGAAACCCAACAACAGCAGCGGGAACAACUGCUCGUCGGAGAAUUCCGCUUCCGCCACUACGUCGCCGCCACCAAACAAGCCGACAGCGGCAGCCAGCGGUGGAUACGGCCCACGGGUCCGCAUUUCACUGCCAGAAGAAGACCUGAGCACCAGGGCCAAGCAGCAGAGCCGCGCUGUGGCCCACCAGCAGCAACAGGAGGGCUGUACGGAUAGAUCCGAGGUACCUGCCGUGCCGCCCAGACCCGCGUCCUGUCAGCCCCCGCAGCAGCCCAGCAAAACACGGUCGUUGUGUCCCGCUGAAAGAGCCCGGCUGGCAUUCCCGGGCUGCCACAACCAAGAGACAAUGUCCAGCCACUCGCCAUCCAGGGUUCUCACACAGAGCCCUGCUAGAGCCAUAGGCGUUCAGUCACUUGAUGCCCUGCUUGGCCAGCUCUGUUCGGGCAACUGUAAGAUCUCCAUGAAGGUCAAGGACAAGGAUGGCAAGGUGCACAAAGACAAAGACGUCAAAGUCCACAAGGAUGAUGACAGCAAGGCACUUGCCCACAAAAGCAACGACAUCUGUUGCAUGAAAGAGACGACUCCAUGCAGCCGAAGUCACUUUCCUACCAGCUUUCCGACGAGCAUAGAGGUCCUCAUGACAGUGAAUCACUCGUGCACGACGCAUCGAUCGCUAUCAGAACGAAGCCUGCAGCGCGACAGCUCCAUGGUUAGUGUGGUGCACUCCAAACCAGGCCACCAAGACAUCAUCUCCAUCCCCAAAUCUCGCUUCAUUGUUGUGGCUGCACUACUUACCUUUGUGUUGGUGGCUUGCUUCUGCAUCACCAUCUACUCUUUCUCGGUACCUGCAGAGCACAAUCACUUGCACGGAAACGAAUCCACCAAGUCAGCAAGCCCAAACCAGAAUGUGCAAUCUUCGUCGACCUCAGCUACCACUGGCAAUACCACUACAGUCACCGUUGCAACAGCCACAUCAGCUGCACCCCGAAUAAUGCCAGCCCAGUAUGGCGCCCUACUGCCACAUCAACGGACAGACAGUAAUAUUCUGCCAAGUCGGCCACGUGUUGUGAUCUUGUAGUCUAGAAUGCCAUUUAGCUCUGGAAAUUUGUUGUUUAAUGGGCAGAACAAUCUAUUGCUGGGGAAAAACUGCUUUGCGAAUUAUAGCAAUUGCAAGGAAGGACGAAGUGGGGGUAGGUGGGAAAGGAAGCCUUUGGCACGCUUCAGUACAGAAGACCUACGGUGCUCGACUACUCAUGGGAAGGUUGUUGCCACUACAAUUGUACUGCUUGCAAGAUGUGAAUAACACAAACCCCAGCACUCAUGGCUGGUUCUUAAGCGAUGCAUGAACAUAAAGCAGAAAUAACUCUGAAAUCAGUGUUUCCAUAACUAUGGAAGUGGAAUGAUUUCGCUGUGAAUGAUGUAGACACCAUUACAGGGGCAAGAACUUUCAGUUGUGAUAAAUAAGGCAUGUCAUAAAUCUGCAUAUCAGUUAUAAAUAAUGUUAAAGCAGUCUUUAUAUGUCUUACAUGGCUACAGCAGCUAUCUAUGGUGGUGUCAUGGGCAUUUCUAGCAACCUUUUACCCAGAAGGGCUACAAGCAAGCAUUCCUGCGGAAAUCUCUACAAAUAGCGCAGUGCUCCGGGCUUUCAUGCAUAAAUCCGCCUUCUGUACACAACCAACGGCGCUUGCACGUGAAGUUGAUUCCGAGUUGAGAAUAAUGAAUAAGACACUUUCUAAAGUCUUUGUAUGCACCUGCUUACAUUGCUUUCUUGAAGAGAGACAGAACCUGGCUUUACCGAUUACUGCUUUGGAAUUCUCCCUGCUUAUUAAAGGAAAGGGAUGACUUUUAUUUCCAGUGAAAACUUCAACCGAAGGCCAGACGUUUCUGUUUCGUUUUCUCUCACACCCAAACCAUGAAGGCGAUGACGUGAUUGAGUGAAGACCAAAAUAUUGCUAUCUUCUCAACAGUACUGGUCCUGUUUCUGCAAGAACAGCCAAUUCACAUCUCCACAAUUGCAGCAGACAAUCAAAGACUUGACUUUCCAGCUUUCAUUUUCUUCAUGCUCGAGCGACGAUGGUUGUGAGAACAAGAUUGCAUGAAAUCUGAGAUUUCAUCUCACAAUCUUGGUCUUGUUUUGGCAAGAGAAGCCAAGGAGACUGGCCAAGCUUAAAUUCAUUCCUAACAUGUUGUAGAAUUCCUUUCUUGAGAAUCAACAAAUAACUAGCCCUGGCCUGCCACUACCACAUUUUGUCACUUUACAGUUCAUUGCUUUAUGCAUCUGAAAAUAUUGCACCACGUCUUUCACUUUCACAAUGUUUACCAGUUGCAUUAAACCUUUGCCCCUAGGUAUUCCUAAAAGGGCCCUGAAACACUUCUUGAACAUAGCAAGAAAAUGUUGCUGAUCUGUUAACGAGGCUCCUGUCAACAUGUGAGCCAAAUAUUAUUGCACUGCAUACAGCGUGGAACUUACACACUCGUGUAAAAAGUAGUGAAAUACCACUUGCUCUCGCUUCCACAAUCUCGUAAUGCAACGUCAUCGCAAGCAGCUGGACCCACAACAGCUACCAACUGAUUUAGUGAUCUCAGGAACAUUCUCAGCAAUACAGUUAUUGAUAACUUGAGUUAAAUAAAUCAGAAAUAUAUAUGUCUGCGAUCUCAAAAAGAUAGAAAAACCAUUUCAUCUUUCAUCAUUCCAUCGGAGGCCAUUUGCGCGCUGCUGUGCGUGGCCUCCAAGAUGAAAGUCGUAGCAUAGAUACCACGGCCGCCACAGGGUGCCGCCACGAGCCAUCUUGCAUUUAACCUUUGGACGGGGCCA